AACGAUAUAGGAAGAGAAAUUGUCAUUUUUUGUAGAUGUUGAUGUGUUUAUCUUUUGUGUGCUCAGAAUUUACCUUUUAUUUUAUUGAAUGGAUCAUGUUUUUUUAUAAUAUUUCUUUUGUUUCAUUAACAUUCACAUGUUCAUCUCAAUAAUCUUAAUCAUCGAAAUUAUUAUUAAAUAUAAACAGUUAAACCAAUAACAACAUAAACAACGUUUUAUUCAUAACUUCAACAACAAAAUACCUAAUGCUUAUUUACCAACAUUAAUGGGUGACCUUUUUUUUCUUCUACAUCACAUUUCACUCUUCUUAUGGUGUAACAUUGUCCAAUACUUUCAUCUUGAUGGUUUACUGUAAAGCUGUUGCCGGUCAUUAAGUUUUUUUUCUGGUAACCUGUUUGUUUACUCUUCAUGUUUUCUUACAAUUUUGCUCCGAAGCCUCAUCUUUCAAGUCAUUUCAUUUACUAAUUCAAAGUAAAUUAAUCAAGAAUCAAAGUGAAAGUUUACAUAAAUUUAUCCUUGAUUAUCAAGCAAGUCGACCAGGACUUAGGCGGUCUUUGGAAGAAAAGGAGGAGGAAGAAAGAGCAACAUAAGAAAAAGAAGUCAAAAUAAGGAUUGUGGAGAAUUGAGCAAGAAAUGCUGAUGAGCAACCACUAGGAUGAUGUCGAUGAACACCAUGAGCAGUGGAUAGAAAGAUGAAACCCUAAAGAGAUUGGGGCUCUUUUGCUAAUUAAAUUAAUGGCAAAGUACUUAUAUGAUGUGUAGGAAUGCUGUCCUUGGUAAAAACCGUACCAUUGGAUUGUGCGUUGAUUUAUUCUGUGAAUAUAAACAACCUGUGAAAAAGCAACCAACGACUAAAUAACCAUCAGAUUUAUUAUUUUUUUCCAACUCUAUUUCCAUCGUCAUCAUCGACAUUAUUAUCAUCAUCAUCACCAUAAUCAACAAUAAAAGUGUCUGUGUUGUCUAUGGUUACCUUCAAUUGAGUUAGUAAAGUAUAUCUUUAUUAAAUCAAUUUUGGUUACAUUGUUUUUGGACUUUGCUAGUUUCUUUAUUGUAAAUGCUGCUUCAACCCUUUUAAUCAAUUCUGCAUUUGCCUAUUUGCCUUUUUACCAUUCUUUUCCUCUCUUGGAUGAAGGUGAAAAAGGAUUCUCGUCUGUUAUCAUCACCGUCAUCUUAGUAACCAGUUCAGCCCAUGUCUAGCUGGCUUUAAUUUACACAGCUCACAACCUUGUGCUGAUUACAUUUCAACAUCUUUGAUAAUUGUUUUUACAACCAUUCGAUACACAACUUUAUACAUAUAUAAAAUAUUUCUAUCAUCGUCUACUUUUUCUUCUUUGUUACCAGUACCUGUCUGUUCAAACUAACUGCUAAUCAUGAAAACUUUGAUUGAAACCGACAGAGAGACAGAGGAUUCUUCCUUGGAAAAUUCAACAAGCUCUGGUAACCUAUUGAUGCCUGUUAAAAGUGAAUCAGCUGUUACCAACCGGACCAAGCGGAUUGAGUUGUUAAGCAUUGAAAGAAAAGGCAAAAGGCUCAAAUUUAUGAUCAAUGGAAAUCGUUUUUUCAGAGGAAUACGUUAUUGUUUGUGUACCGAAAGAAUCCGAUCUUUCGAUGUUCUUCUAGAAGAUCUUAACCGACUAAUCAAAGAUGUCAACUUACCAAAAGGAGUGCAGUACAUUUACUCAUAUAGUGGUUCCAAACCUCGAGUUAAAUUAGAGUCUCUUGAAGAAUUCAAAGAUAAUCAUAUUUACAUAUGUUCCUCCCUGGAUAAUUAUGUUGAUCUUGACUAUGGGUCUAUUAGCCAAGGAUUUGAUUCACAUGGUUUUAAUCAACUUUCAAAGUCAACCUCAUGCACAGCCGCUGAUCAACGCAUAAAAACAAUGGCCUCUCCCUUUGCAAGCAAUCAACCAGGACCGCCAACUAACGAAUUCAUUCGACCUAAAUUGGUUAAUAUUAUUAUUAAUGGUCCUAAACCUCGAGAAGUGAUUAAGUUGUUGCUGAACAAACGAUCAGUUCACUCCUACGAUCAGCUUCUCACUGAUAUUCAAGCUAAAAGUAAAACCUUGUUUACCCCAAUAAGACGCGUUUACCACUUAAAUGGUAAAAAAGUAACCAAAUUGAAAGAUUUUUUCAGUGAUCAAGAUAUAUUUAUUGUCUCAACUAGUGAUAAACGUAACAAUCAAGACUUUGAGAUUCAUCCGGAAGAGUGUAAUAACAUUCAUUUUGGACGCUUUUUACUAGGUAAAGCAGCUGUCAGUUUAUCAUCGUCAACAACAACAUCAACUCCGGGCUGUAAAAAAUACGACAUCAAUGAGACAACAAUAGCAUCACCAAGAUCAUCAAGAACAUCAAAUGUAGUUCCCACAUCAGUAAAUUCAGUUACCUCACCAUCAACUUCCAUCAUCAAAACUUCUGUUUCAACCUCACGGGAAAUUGAUUCUGAUUCAUCACUAUCCUCAAGUUCAAGUUCAUCUGUUUGGUUAGAGAAUGUAAAUUUGCGCGAUUUAAGUUUGGAAAAUGAUGUUUUCACUCCUGAAGUUUAUGAUCCAGUCUCAUCAACAGUGAUUAACACUAAUUACAACACUUACAAAAGCAACCCAAACCACAAUCAUAACAAUAGUAACUCAAGUCUUUCUAAUCAGCGGAAAUAUCUGGUCAAUUCAUCAAUUCCAAUGAGUUCGUCUCGAAUUUCUCUUAACGAAUACAACAACAACCGUGAUUAUCCAGUGAAACGUAACCUAAACCGUAAUAGCAUUGGUGGUAUAAGCAGUAGCAGUGGAAUUAAUAACAUUAAUUGUGGUGAAAAUGUGUAUGGUUACAAUGCACCUCGCAAUACUCCAUCCAAAGAUAAAGCUAACCGUAAAAUCCAUAACAAUACUUUAAGAGCUAGUGACGGUAAUAUUGUUUAUCAAGAUCCGUUGAAGUCAAGUCAUAGGAAGAACAACAACAAUAAUAGCAACAGUUCAAAUAAUAGCCAUAAUAUCAAUAAUAUUAACAACAAUAAUAAUAUUAAUAAUAACAAUAACAAUCAUCAUCAUCAUCAUCAUCAUGAUAAAACUAACAAGAGAAAGACGUCUUCAUCAGUUAAAUACAGUCGAAUACCGAUUCUUCAAGGACUCACUCAACUUCCCAGACGAAUUAAUUCAACAAUAAAUUGUGCAAAAGCUUCAAAUAAUAAGAUUACAUCAUCUUUCAACAAUCAACACUCAAAUUAUUCGACAAUGAGUUUAUUGUUUCCUCGAGAAAUCUGUCGUAAAUACUCUGUUGGCAAUAUAAUUGGAGAUGGCAAUUUCGCUGUUGUUCAUGAGUGUGUCAAUCGUGUUAAUAAUCUUAAAUUCGCCAUGAAAAUUAUCAAUAAGAAAAAAUGCCGUGGAAAUGAAGUAUCCAAGUCAGAAGUUUCAAUUUUACGGAAAAUUAACCAUCCAUUUAUAAUCCAGCUAAUUGAAGAUUAUGAUUUUCCUAAUGAAAUGUAUCUAGUCAUGGAAUUGGUAGCCGGUGGUGAUUUAUUUGAUGCAAUAACCUCUAAAAAUAGGUACAGUGAAAAAGAAGCCAGAGGAAUGGUUACCAAUCUUCUUCAAGCUCUUGCCUACCUCCAUUCAAUGAAUAUCUGUCAUCGUGAUAUUAAGCCUGAAAAUUUACUAGUUUCAUCUAAAAAGGAUGGUAAAAUGUUUAUUAAACUAGCUGAUUUUGGUUUAGCAGUUAAAAUACUCCCAGGACAAAAGCUAUUCGAAGUUUGUGGUACUCCGAUUUACGUUGCACCCGAAAUCCUCGCUGAAACUGGUUACGAUUUUAAGGUUGAUGUCUGGGCAACUGGAGUAAUUGCUUACAUCUUACUUUGUGGCUAUCCACCUUUUGUUAGCAUGGAUAACAACAAUGAUGAAUUAUUUGACCUUAUCCUGAAAGGAUCGUUUGAAUUUCUUCAUCAAUACUGGUCAACUGUAUCAGAUGAGGCUAAAGAUUUCAUCUCUAAAUUAUUAGUUGUUAAUCAAAAUGAUCGAUUAUCUUCACUGGAAGCUUUAAGAGAUUCAUGGAUUUCAGAAGACAUUAACCCACACUGGUGAUGAAUCAAUCAAGUUACAUUACUAUAUAUAUAAAAAAGGAGCCACCAGCUAACAAAAAAUUUGUUUUUAAGUUGGUUAAUUGUGUUUCAUUUUCUUCCACUCACUCAUACUUUUGGAUUGCUCAUUUGCAUCUCAUUCAUCCAUUAUUAUCACCCUAAAUUGAACUUCAUUCAUGGAGAGCAAGUUGACUAAGCGCAAGAAAAUAAUAAUAACAUCAAAAAAAGGACGAGACUAAUCAUAGAAAUGGUCAUUGGUAUGACCUUAAUUUGCAUCGAUCCAAAGUCACAUGAACAAGAGACGUCUGGAAUAAUUGAACAGAAAUGUCUUCUGAAGCAAGGAAAUGGACAAAAAUUGGGUUUAUUAACCUAAGAUUUUUUAUAUAAUGGAAAAUGAUUGGAUUCAUUUCUUUAUAUAACCAGGUGCUAAGCAAAUCUCCAAUUUGCAACCUAAAUAUCAUGACUUUUCCAAUCAAAUUGAAAAGUCUCGCUCCUCAAGAUUCACCAUCAAUAAUAUUUCUCUGUCUACUAGAGAAAGCUAGUCUCAUUUCCCAUUUUUCUCUCUCUUCUUUCUUUGUAAUCACUUGUUUAGCUCUUUCUCAUUUCCACCUUCACUCAUCUAUCUAUACAACUCAUCCGAGGCUUGCCUUGUAUGGAAAGUGUAAAAGGAAUGCGGAAGAAAAUUCAAGGAAGGAUUGAACUUCGGUGAUCAAAGUGAAAUCACCGUGAAGAAAAACAAGACAAAAAUAUUUGAUUGAUUUUUUAUCAAAACUUGGAACCUGGAUACAAAGGAAAAAUUCUGAGGACAAGACCAAGAGAAAUGCUCAAUUUUGUCGUGAUUAAUAUUUAAUACUAACCAUAACAAGACUUAUAAAUAUCUAUAUAUAAAUAUAUAUAAAUACAUAAAUAUAUAUAUUUACAUAUGUAUAUAUUAUUUUUCAACUCUUCUAUGUUAACAUCUUGAUUUUAAUCAGGAAAACUGAUGUUGAUGACAACGUUUUCUGACUUCUCUGCCAAAAUUGUGUUACAAUUGUAAACGAGUGAUGCUGACUUUCAAAAUUGUUAACCUUCACCUUUAAUCAAAAAAUUUACCUAAUUGAUAAACAAAGAGGAAUCUGGAUCAUUUUGUCAACCUUUUAGAUUUGACGAAAUUUUUGAUCUGGACAAAACUCUGCCUUGGUAAAAAAGCUUUUAUAGUUUGACAUCAUUUUACAAUCAAUUUAUUAAUCCACUCUACUGUCGACCUUUUCAUUAUUCAAAGUGAAUUCUUGUUUCCCAUUUGGGUAGAUUUUUUAAAAAAAAUAAUCCAUAAACUAAUUAGUUUCAAGCAAACCAAAAUUGUCAUCAUUGAAAAUUGAAAACUCAACUUGUUGUUUCUCAUUCACAAAACCUUCAUUUAUAAACACAAUUAAACAUAAAUUUAAGCAACAACAA